UCACCGCCGGGCGCGGGGCGGGCGUUGCAGCGCAGACCGAAGGAGUCGACAGCGGGGCCUGUGCCCAGCUGCGUGGCUGUGCCAUGGUUCGCUUCGGGCUGACCGUCGUCCGCCAUGGAGAAACAAGAUACAACAAAGACAAGAUACUGCAAGGUCAAGGAAUAGAUGAGCCACUCUCUCCAACUGGUUUCAGACAAGCCGAUGCUGCUGGUUUAUUUCUUAGUAAUGUAAAGUUUACUCAUGUCUUCUCAAGUGACCUCCUUCGAGCAAAGCAGACUGCUGCCACAAUUAUAGGAAAAAAUAAGUUCUGCAAAGGUUUGGAAAUCAAGUGUGAUACAAGACUUCGAGAGAGAUAUCAGCUGAAUUCUAAAUAAGGAAAUGCUACAAAACCAGAAGUGGAUGUCGUAUUAGCAGCAAGCAACUAAGCGUAUAAAGAGCAGAAUGUGAUCACAGCAUUUCCCAUUGUGAUCCCUUUGUCGCAAAUUCUGGUUCACCCCCUUAAAUCAGCAAGUUACAUCCCUUCCAAUCUUCUUUAAUGGCUUAAUCACCUGGUAUUUUCAAAAAUAUUUUGGGCUGUGGUACGGAGUUUUACAAGGUAUAAUCUUAACUUGUUUCUUUUUUUUCCUUACCUGGUGUUGGUACUAUAAUAGAAAUUCCACUAAAUAGAAAUUCCACUAAAGUUUCUGCAGGCCACGGGUUUUAAGGCAACGUUGUAGAUAACUGAAAUUAAGUUUGAAUAGCAUGAAAAGAAGCUACGUUCUUUGAAAGAAAUAUGUCGUUGAUUCUAUUGAAAAAGCUUUAUUCUCUUAUGGCUUGCAUUCAUG